AUGUCACCUGUAACAGGUAGUGCGACAACAACUAAAAAAACUACCACGACAAAGACAACAACGUCGAAAACGUCUUCAUCAAGUGGAGCUUUGAAAAAGGGCAAAAAGAAGAUCGCCGCUGCACCACUCAAAGCUAAAGCUGAAACAAAGAAACUUGUCAAUCCACUUUAUGAAAAACGUACCAAGAAUUUUGGCAUUGGACAAGACAUUCAACCAAAACGUGAUUUAACUCGUUUUGUUAAAUGGCCACAAUACGUUCGCGUUCAACGUCAACGCAGCGUUUUACUCAAACGUUUGAAAGUUCCACCACCAAUCAACCAAUUUACUCAAACACUUGACAAACAAACAUCAACCCAAUUGUUCAAAUUACUCGAAAAAUACCGACCAGAAAGUCGAGCAGAAAAGAAACUUCGUUUGAAACAACGUGCUGAAGAACAAGCGAAAAGUGGUAAACCCGAUCGACCAACCAAACGACCAAAUGGUAUUCGUAGUGGAAUGAACACCGUUACUGCAUUAGUCGAAAAGAAGAAGGCACAAUUAGUUCUCAUUGCCCAUGAUGUCGAACCAAUUGAACUUGUCCUUCAUUUACCAACCUUAUGCCGUAAGAUGGGUAUUCCAUAUUGUAUUGUCAAGGGCAAAGCACGUCUUGGCCGUCUUGUUCACUUGAAAACCUGUUCAACCAUCGCUUUGACCGAUGUCAACUCUGAAGAUAAAUCUGGCUUAGGUAAGAUUGUUGAAGCUGUGAAAACCAACUUCAAUGAUCGUUAUGAUGAAUUACGUCGUCAUUGGGGUGGUGGUGUUUUGGGAAACAAAUCUCAAGCACGUAUCAACCGACUCGAACGUAUCAAAGCUCGCGAAGCCGCUCAUCAACGCAAUGCUUAA